AUGGACACGUUAAUCUCAUAUUUACCGGAUGACAACUUGCCGCGAUUCAUAGCGCUAGUAUCGGCUAUCGCUUUUGGCAACUGUGUCCAGUGUUUCUUGACAAAGGAUGUCGUCGCAAGAAUCUACUCAAAACAAAAGGGCCAAGUCUCACCCUUGAUGGCAAGAAUGAUGGGAACUUGGACACUCACUUCCUCUGUCAUUCGGCUCUAUUGUGCAUACAAUAUCCGUGAACCUGCGCUAUACAAGGUGACAAUGAUCUCAUACGUCAUUGCCUUGUUCUCCUUCUUGUCGGAGUCAACCGUAUUCAAUACCGCCGAAGUCUUUUCUGCUCCAGUCAUAUUACCCUUCCUCUUUUCGAGUAUGUAUAAAUUGUCAGUCUCAAAAUUGAGGAUUGAACUAUUGAACUGA